AUGGCUGACCCCAUGCCCUCUGACCCCCCUGCAGCGGAUGUGUUUCUGGAUCCAGACACAGCGCAUCCCAACCUCCAUGUUUCUGAGGACAGGAGGAGCCUGCAGUGGGUGGAAACACGGCAGAACCUGCCAGAAAACCCCGAGAGAUUUCAGGGGAAUUACUGUGUGCUGGGCUGUGAGAGCUUCACGUCAGGGAGACACUUCUGGGAGGUGGAGGUGGGGAACAGGGUACAGUGGCAUAUUGGGGUGUGCAGGGAGGACGUGAGGAGGAAAGAUGGCGAUAAAAUGGCCCCCGAGAAUGGGUUCUGGGCAGUGGAGCUGAAUCCUGGGAGUGACUACAGGGCUCUCACCAACCCAAAGACCCCACUGACCUGUGUGAGCCCCCCUGAGAGGGUGGGGGUUUUCCUGGACUCACCCAGGCCUCACCCUGACACUUCCUGUGCAGCUGACGUGCUCCUGGACCCAGACACCGCCCACCCCGAGCUCUUCCUGUCCCAGGACCAGAGGAGGGUGGGGCUGGGCCCCUCCAGGCAGAGCCUGCUGGACAACCCCCAGAGAUUCCACUGUGAGCCAUGUGUCUUGGGUGGGGACAGCUCCUCAGGGAGACAUGACUGGGAGGUGGGUGUAGAGAAGGUGACUCUUGCCUGUGGGGUCUGUGCAGACCGUGUGCAGAGGGAAGGGGAGGCCCUGCUAGUCCCUCAGAAUGGCUUCUGGGCCCUGGAGCUGUUUGGACACCAGUGCCGGGUCCUGUCCUCCCCUGAAAAGACCCUUCUCCUGAAGGAGCACCUUUCCCAUGGGGUGGGUCGUGUCCCUGGACAACAAUCUGGAGACGUCUCCUUCUGUGACACAAGGGACAGAUCACAUAUCUACACGUGUCCCCACUGGGACUCAGGGGCUCAGAGAAGAGAAACCUGGCUGGGGUCUGAUGACAAAUGCCUCUUCAUCUGCCCAGCAUUCAUGGAGGCCCAGAGGGUCACUGUGCCUGAGGGUGGCCUGGUUCUCCACAGGGCUGUUGCUCUAGCAGCUGGGCGACCUGUCAGCAUGGGACCUGAGGUGACACCAGACACUGUGGACUUGGGGUGA